AUAUCAAUAUAACGGAACAAAACGCCCACGUCAGAUCGUAGAUGUGAGAUGCUUUUAUUCGCCCGUCAUUGAACGGCAUCAGUGGAACGGAAAAAAAUGGUAUCUCUGCUUACCGCCUCUCAUUAUCAUCAUCAUCAUCACAUUUUUCAUUGGACAAGCGCCGUGUAGACAAGCACAUUCUCUUUGGAGUUGACCCAUGCAGCCGCGGCUUACGUCUUCAUCACAACAAAUGAUUAAGGAACAAAAUACAGCAGAAUUUUGAGCUUCUUAACAUUCUUUUGGGUAAAAAUAACGUUAAAAGGGUAAAAUACGAGUACUUUGUAUACAAUCAUUGUAUUUCUUCUAUAUCGUCAUAUCGACCAGCAUGGAUAUGGCAUCUAAAACAAAUUCAUUCUUUCCUCCGGAAUAUCACGACAUACAUCCAAAAAAGCCCGAAUCCGUCAGUGCAGUACUGACUGAUUACAGUGGCGUAACUACUGCCCAUGGGGUACCCCGCAUCAUCACCUCAAAGUCCGUGCUGUCCAAACUCUUCUGGGCUUGUGUCACCCUGGUCGCCCUUGCAGCGUUCCUUUGGCAAGGAAGCCUACUGCUCUUUGACUUCAGAGGACAUCCUUACACGACGCAGAUCGACGUGGUCACCCGGACGGAAGUACGCUUUCCUGCAGUCACCGUGUGCAACAUGAAUAAGAUGAGACGCUCGGCCAUGGUUGGCACCCGAUUCGAAAGCCUGAUCGAAGCCGAUGGCGGCGUUGGGGGAGGAGACAUGGACUACAGUUGGUGGUUCGACUGGUCAUCGGAAUGGUGGCUGAAGUACGAGGAAUCAUUCAGCUCUAGUAGUAGUGAGGAGUCUGGACCGAGCGAUCUAGGAUCAGAUAUCUUUGGCACAGACCAAUCUGGUGACAUGAGUGGAGACUCGGAAACGGACGGCACAACUAGUUCUGUCCCUGAGACAACAUUUUCUGAGUUUCCCGAUAUAAGCAGCGAAAACAACCAGUCCUCGACAUCAGCAAAUCAAAAUCAGUCAUCACAAUCUGAUGUGGACACUGCUUCUGAAACAUCCGACGGGUUCCAACCUUCUAUCGACGAGGAAUCGUCAGCACCGGACGAGGGUCCACAGGUAAGAAAGAAAAGAUCGGGUCUCCGGCUCAUCCCUGAUCCCAUCACGGGUAAACUGGAUCAACGACGACGACACAUUCGCCGAAAGCGACAAACUGGCAUAUACCCGUCGUCGAUGGGAUCGUCUGAGGAAGCCGAAAAGUACGACUGGUGGGAAUCGGGCUGGGAGACCAAUAUGUUCGACUACCAGGAGUACGACUGGGACGGUGUGACCAAUGACAAUGACUGGCAAGGGUUCUACCGGCAAUCCACGGCAGAUGACUUCAGCGACCUUCUGGAUGUCAUCAACCCAACAAGACAAGAACUGGAGGAUAUGGGCCACCAGGCAGAAGACUUCAUACUUCAAUGUACCUUCGACAGACGCCCUUGUAAUUACACGAAUUUUCGCCAGUUCCAGAACAAAUACUAUGGUAACUGCUUUACCUUCAAUCAAGAGGUCGGAAACAGUAGCACCGUCCGUAGCACUGGACAGACAGGAGCGCAGUACGGCCUACACUUGACACUAUUCACCGAGCAGCCGGAAUACGUGGGGCUCUUUGCUCAGGAGGCAGGGGUUCGAGUCGCCGUUCAUCCCCCGGACGUACUCCCCUUCCCCGAGGAUGACGGGGUAGUUGCCUCCACAGGACAGGCCACAAACAUCGGUAUCAGACAGUCAUACUUUGAGCGGCUAUCGGAUCCGCACGGUAAUUGUACGGAUGGGACUCAGACGAAUUUCACAUCAGAAGAAUACGCCUACACGACCCGGGCUUGUGUCAAGUCUUGUGUUCAGCAGCAUCUAUUCAACAAGUGCGGGUGUGUGACCGAUAUCAUGAUGAACGACACGAUCUGUAGCCCCCGAAACAAGACCGAACAGGUGUGUCGCCAGGCUAUUGAGCAAUUCUUUCACGAAGGCAAACUUGAAUGUAUCUGUCCUAUUGCCUGCGAGGAAACUCUUUUUGUGACCGCCGUAACGUCGGACCUGUGGCCUUCAGAGCGAUAUGAGACUCAUCUGAAGUCACGAUUGACUAAUGACAAGGCGAUACGUAUCCUACAGGAUAUCGAGCAGACAAGAAAAAAUCUGGCUCGAGUACGGAUAUACUUUGAGGAACUCAAUUAUGAACAGAUGAUCCAGAAACCGAAAUAUACGUUUGAGAGUCUGUUAGGUGGUAUUGGAGGUCUUCUAGGUCUCUACAUCGGGUUCUCCGUGAUCACUAUCUGCGAGGUCGGUGUCCUGGUCGUCGACCUCAUCAAAUACCUCUUCCGGAAGGCGUACAGUCAUGAUAGAGUUGUCCCCAUCAAUUUGAAGAACUAAGUUGACCGGUCCGUCCAUCAGACGACGCUCGUCGGCGAAAUAUUCUUGGAGGAGAAGUUCACUUUCACACUUGUUUUUUUUCUUACAAAAAAAACCAUAAAAAUUCUUCAAAGAAUAUCGGAUUCAUGAUUAUUUCAAACUUUUGAUUAUGUGACGUCACAGACAAGCAGUUCCUCCAUUAUUAUUGUGUCAUAUAAAUGUCGCCAAAUACCUUUUUAUGAAAAAAAUAAAAGUGAUUUUAUUUUUUGUGGUGGAUAUAUAUCAUCAGACCCAGAAAUAUAUAAGAAAAAUAUUUGUAUUCCAUAAAAGAAUGGGAAUUAUGUGAUUUAUAUUACAUCUUCCAUGGGUGAAGCUGGUUGCAUGCAUUCAUUACUCUAUCUUCCUUUGAAGGAUGUUC